CAGAGACACAGGAGAAGGCAGGACCUGAAACAAACAGGGUAGCAGUAUAUCUGAGAAACAAUGAGGCGCUGGAGUCAUGUCCCCUACAACCCCUCAGCUGUGCCUCCUCCAGGGACCAAACCACAGCCGCCUCAAAGAGUACCUCAAGCCUUUAUAGAGGCGAUGAAACGACUGACAUCUGAGAAAUCUGCCACUCAGCAAGCAAACCAAACCGAAGCUCGGCCAUCUGACAUGAAAUGGAAGUCAUCUUUUAAACCAGUCGGCGAUGAAGAAGAAAACUCUGAGGACAAAGGCACGAGCAGCUCAGAAAGGCUGUAUGACCCCUACAGUCCUCUGUCGUCAGACACUGAGGCUGAUCCGUCGAAGACUGUGGAUCGCGACCGCUCCCCGCCCCGCCGGGGGACGUCUCUGGAGCGACAGCGUCUGUCUCCAAGCCGAGGCAGCCGCUGGGACAUCCCUUUCACCGAGCCGGAGAGCCGGGCCCUGGACAAACGCGAGCUCAGCGCCGGCAGCAGACCCGCAGAGGGCAGAGGUCCAGAGCCCGACGAUGAGGAUCUUCCAGGCUACGGCUCCAUGAGCAGAGCCCUGGACCAGAGAGGCUGCAGCCCGGACAGAACGAGUCGCAGCUCCUCCACCCACCGGAUGUCUCCUUACUCACAGCAGGUCAUCGAGGAGGAGAGGAUGGCUCCACCAGAAUACAGGAGAGAGAUCUCCACCACUGUGAGAUUAUCUCCGCCCAGAUUAAACUGGAACUACGAACGUCAGCCCUUUCUCCACACAGGCCUGAACAGAGACCCCGUCUCACCCAGGGUGAGAAAAAGCUGGAGCAAAAAUGUUGUAAUGAACAAGGACUUCAUUUCUUGCGACCUUUGUGACAUUGUGGUAGCCAGUGGGCAGGAGCUGGACGACCACUUCGACAGCAAGAGCCACUGGGACACACUGGAGCACAUCCAGCAGAACAACAACUACGACGACGUGGCGAUCGCCUUCUUACAGGACGUGAUGCUGUAUAAAAGCCGUCAGUGCAGCCGAGCCAUGGAAGACGUUGCUCUUCCAGCUCUGCAGGAAAACGAGUACAUGACCAAGGUGGAGAUGUUCCACUGCGCAGCUUGCAAAGUGUUUGUCUACAGUUCGGCCGCAGAAGUGGAGAGUCACAUCACUUCGCACGAGCAUCUGUCCAACACAAAGGAGUUUGAAGCGCAGCAGAGACGGGCCUGUCUCAGCAAGGCCAAAACCAUGAUGCAGGAGCUGCAGCCACAGCUGGAACUCUUCCUGAAGGGCGGCAGCCCCUUCGAAUGACGGACAAUCCAAAACGGCUGCAAGGAAGAUGGCAUACUGCUGAUCGGUUAAACGUUUAAUAAAUGGAGAGGUCACUGUGCUCACAAAUGGAUAAUUUUCCUUGUAUCUUGUCUUGUGUUCAUUUCAUUUCAUCAGAAGACAUUUCAUUUGUCUCUUACAGAUCAGGUGCAAAAAAUAAAAUAA